AAGAGGCUAGGCCAGUGAACGGUUUCACAUGUUGGUAAAUAUAGAAGAGUUGAGCCCAUUCUCUGUUCACAACACUUCCACUGGACAGAGACAAAAAACAAACAAACAAAUAAUCAAACCUGUUGAAGUUGAAAGAGUUGCACGCCGGAGUGUGUGUUAAGUAAAUGAGCAGUACAGAGGCUUAAUUUAAACACAGAGAGCGGAUUCAGUGUUUUGACUCGUGUUAGUCUUUCAAAGAGUGCGAAAAUGGUUGUUUUGUCUAAAAAACCAAAGAGUUUCAAGAUUGAGCUCCACGAUUCCAGCAAGGCUUUUUAUUCCAGUGGAGAUAAAGUGGCUGGGCGAGUGGUGGUGGAGGUGUCGGAGAUUACCCGAGUCACAGCCAUCAGACUGUAUGGAAUCGGCUGCGCCCAAGUGGAGUACAGCAAAGGCAAGCAGCGCUGUAAGGAUGCCGUAGAUUACCUCAACUACCAAGAUGUUCUUCACCUGGACCAGCAACCUGCAGACUCGGAUGGAUCUGUUAUUCUCAGACCUGGAAAUAGAUAUGAGUACACUUUUGGGUUCGAGCUUCCCCAGUCAGGGCAGCUGGUGUCCUCAUACAAAGGUAAAUUUGGCUAUGUUGAGUACUAUGUGAAAGCGGUGAUGGAGAGGACCUGCCAGUCAGAUGUAGAGUGCAAAAGGUACUUUGAGGUGGAGGAACCGAUUGAUGUCAACACUCCUGACCUUACAUCUCCUGUCGCUGGGGCGAAGGAGAAGAAGCUGACCUGCAUGUUCAUUCCUGAUGGCAGCGUGUCAAUCACAGCAAAGAUUGACCGUAAGGGCUACUGUGAAGGAGAGAACAUCUGCAUUAAUGCCAGAUUUGAGAACGCCUGCUCUCGCAUUAUCGUCCCUAAAGCUGCCAUUAUUAUCACACACACCUAUCGGGCCAACGGCCGCACUAAGGUGCUCCGCGAAAAGAUCUCAGCUGUCAGGGGUAAUCAUAUCAUCUCUGGCAUGUGUGACAUAUGGCAAGGCAAAACCUUACGAGUGCCCAAACUUAAACCCACCAUCUUGGGCUGCAACAUCAUCCACAUGGACUACACUCUGAUGAUUUAUGUGCACAUCCCAGGAAGUGAGAAGCUAACCCUAGAACUUCCUUUGGUCAUUGGGACAAUCCCCUUUACUGGCUUUGCCAGUCGUACCAGCAGCAUGAGCAGGCAGGAAGGGAGCUCAACAGCCACCAGUAGCUUGGUGUCCAUGCCCUCUGCUCCACCUAGCUACAGCGAAAUACCUGUGCAUGGCUGCUUGGACCCAUUCAUCACACCAUUGCUAGAUGAGUACGAUGAAGAUGACUGUCCUAUCUUCAUGCAUGCCAGAGAGUACCAUCAGACACCCCCUCCAGCCUAUACAGAGGUGCAAGAGGGAUGCAAUAGCAGUGGCACUACCCUCCAGUUAUGUUAAACAUGUAGCUCCAAAAAUCUUCAAAGAGAUUAGUUUCCUGAGAAAUGAACAAUUCUGUUAAUAAGUGUAAUUGUUAUUGCAAGUUGGGAAGCUUAUUUAAGCCUCAAUAUGUAAUGUAAUAACAAGGGAUGUGUUCAUUUGUAUGAGAAUUAGCUUCUUGAGAACAGCAUUAGACUAUAGUGCCUGCUUUGUGUUUCUUGAUUAUUUCUGGGGUAUCCUCAGUAUUUAGACCUGAAAGGUUUUUUUUUUCAGAUGGAAGUUGAGCUUUGCCAUAUUGGUGUAAUGAUAAGCCUGCCUUUAUUGUCAUUCCAGAUCUCAGUCUAAAAAAGUUAAUUAGGACUGGUUAAAAAAAAUCAAUGUAACAGUGGGAAUACAGUGCCUUUUUACUGAAAUAUGGUGAAUUAGAAUUCAGAGGGCAUGAUUUCAGAAUGCACUUUUGAUGAUAGUAUACAACUUUGUAUCAGAGUUAAUGGUUUGUUUUUAUUUUGCUAUGAAAAAUCUAACUUGAUUUUAAUCAUUCACAUGUUAACAGUAUACUCCUGGGCCAGGGAGUGAAAACAAAAGGCCAAUAUUAAGGCAAAUAUCAAGCUUUUAAUGGUCUUAACAAUGAAUCAGUCAGAAAAUUAGCAAGAAUUAAACAAAUGCACUCCUGAGAGCUCCUGUGCCACCAUUUUCUCGUCUGGGUGCACAAGAUGCAAAAAUAUCUUCUAGGAUGUUUUUUUUUUUUCUCAAAAGAUUAGUCAUUAUUUGGUUAUCUGCCACACCUGAUGCAGCUGAUCAAGGGCCACCAGGCUUAAACAUUUAAAGAAAUCCAGUGAUUUGUUGUUAUAAGACCAUUAAAAGCUUAAUAUUUUAGAAAUGACACUCAAUAAUAUUAAAAGAGUGCAGAGUACCUGUAAUUUAGUUUUGCUUUGGGAAUUUGAGAAUUAUAUCAUUAAUGUAAAUUUUCUAUGUGCAUAUUUUAUACAUACAGCUGUAUUUGUACGUAUAUGCAUAUGUGCCCUAAGGGCAAAUUUGCAAAUAAAACUAUAAUGAAAACAUUGUCUCAAAA